CACCUCCCCGAUCCGCGCUUCCCCCGCGUCAAACCCGCUCCUCCUCACUUGUCCGCUUCCCCCUCCACUCCAGCACAAGCGAGUGACUCUCUCACUGAGCGAGUGACGCAGCGCCACCACCACCAGAGCAGAGCCCAGAGCCAGACGGUUGGCGCUCGCACUUAACUCCGCCACCUCCACCUCCCCACGCCCGCGCCGCCGGGCGCAUGGGGGACCACCACCACCACCACCACCCCCGCAGGGGCUCACGCCACGCCGCCGCCGGGGACCUGCGCCCCCCGGAGCCGCCGCUCGACCCGCUCGAGUUCCUCUCCCGCUCUUGGAGCGCCUCCGCCUCCGCCCUCGACGCCCCGCGCCCGCCCCCGCCCGCGCCCUCGCCCUCCGCGGUGCUCGGUAUCGGCCCCAUCGCCGAGGACGCCUCCUCCGCCGCCACCGCCGCAUGCGAGGUGGUCGACGACGGGUCCGCCUUCGCCGCGGCGGGGAGCUCCUUCUCCUUCGCCUCCGCUGCCACCUCGCAGCUCAUCAUGGAGCGGAUCCUCGCGCAGUCGGAAGUGGCGCCGCUGACAUCCGGCAGGCUCUCGCACAGCAGCGGCCCUCUCACCGGCGGCGGCUCCAUCACCGACAGCCCGCCGGUCUCGCCGGAGAUCGAUGACGCAAAGUACUGCAGAGCAGCAAGCACUCCGAAGCCUCAGAUGUACCGAGGCGGCAACAAGACUGUUGGACGGUGGCUCAAGGACAGGAAGGAGAAGAAGAAAGAGGAGACACGGGCACACAAUGCGCAGGUCCACGCUGCUGUUUCGGUUGCAGCAGUGGCUGCUGCAGUCGCGGCUGUCGCAGCUGCGACAGCUGCAGCCUCUGGUUCUGGCAAGGAUGACCGUGCUGCCCGCACCGACAUGGCCAUGGCAUCCGCAGCUACGCUUGUGGCUGCGCAAUGCGUCGAGGCUGCAGAGUCCAUGGGAGCUGAGCGUGAGCAUUUGGAGGCUGUCAUUGGCUCAGCGGUGAACGUCAGGACACCUGGAGACAUUGUUACUGUCACGGCUGCUGCUGCUACCGCAUUGAGAGGUGCCGCCACAUUGAAAGCAAGGGCUUUGAAGGAGGUGUGGAACAUCGCGGCAGUGAUCCCCGUAGAAAAGGGUACAAUGGGAGGAGGGCACCAUCACAAGCAGAAUAUGCAGAAGCAGCACCGCAAGCUGGAGAGCAAUGGUAGUAGUAUUAGUGAUGAUCUUUCACUCGAGGAGGAGAACAACUUCUUGGGCAUCUGCAGCCAAGAACUGCUUGCACGUGGCACCGAGCUCCUUAAGCGCACUCGCAAAGGUGCUUUGCACUGGAAGGUUGUAUCAGUGUACAUCAAUCGAAUGGGCCUGGUCAUGCUCAAAAUGAAAAGCCGGCAUGUUGCUGGGACAAUCACCAAGAAGAAGAAAAGUGUGGUGAUAGAUGUCUGCAAGGAUGUCGCGGCGUGGCCAGGCCGGCACCUGCUGGAGGACGGCGAGCACCGCCGCUACUUCGGCCUCAGGACAGCGGAGCACCGGGUAAUCGAAUUCGAGUGCACCAGCCAGAGGGAGUAUGAGAUGUGGACGAAAGGCGUGGCGCGCCUCCUCAUCAUUGCCAGCGAGAGGAAGCGCGCCCCGUGAACCAAAACUAGCAUAGUGCCCGUGCGUUGCUCUACCGACCUGCCAAUGCCGAGUGCCGACCAGCGCGUACCCGCGGGUCGGCCCGAUCCACCAUCAGCUUGCUAAGCUGUGGAACAGCAUGGCUGCAUGGGCCUGAGGUGCACAUACCUUUGUCCCACAGUAAUCAUGCAGCCUAGAGGGUCUUCCUUCCUCCUGUUGCUGUUGCUAGGGCAGGGAAAAGAAUUUAAAUUAAAGCUGGAGCUGUGUUUGUGAGAAUAAUGCAUGGGCUGCCAUCCCUCUGAAAAUCUCUGGUGGUAGCCUGGUAGGAAGAAGAUGAAGGGGAGGAGCUUUCUCUGCUCUUUCUGCCCUCUUUUCUUUUCCAGUUUGUUCUGGGAAAAAAAAUCAUGUAAUUUUUUCUUCUUUUUUUUUUGGGUCUCAUUUUGGGGGUGUGGCUAUAGUAGUAUACAGACAUAUGUGAUAUGUCUAUCUGGAGCAGUGGCAGGAUAAGAUAAAAUGCUCUCUUCUUCCUUCUGUUAGUGAGUAUUCAGUAAAUCAUCUGUUUCAUUUCCCUUUCUGAUUGUUCAUUCUGUGCUGUGUACAUACUCUGUUUUCAUAAAAGUAUCUAGUACAUUUUGUUUGU